AUGUAUUACAAUAGUACUAAAUUCAGACAUUUGUUUGCACCUAAUUCUGAUCCAAAAAUAUUAGGUCCUCAUCAAAUGCCAUUUAAUGAAAACGGUGCAAGAUUUGUGAAAACAAAUGGAAGGCCAAAACUGUGCACAACUACUAGCGAUUGUGAUGAUCACAGAGAACCAACAGAUUGGUGCCGCCCUUCGUAUUAUGAAUCCUGGACGUAAGU